AUGCUCAUUUUCGGCGCCCAGAUCAACGCAAAAGACCCUAGGUUCUUCGGGUUUCGCGAACAGAUACGGCUGAAGAACCCCCGAAACGAUCACAUUGCCCCAAAACUAGGGCGAAGCGGGAAGAUGUUUCAACUCUGCUUCAAUCUCAAAGGUGUUGGUCUAUUGACAAACAAUAGCGGCGAUGACGCGGAACCCAGUGACGGGUCUAUCCGAACCGUAUCAAUAUACCAUCGGUUCGACGUAGAGCAUGGAACGAGUCUUUGGAUCGUGACCAAAGGUGGACGAGAUUUGUUGGAUCGGUACAAAGAAAUUACGGGCCCAGAUGCGCCGGAAGAUGCCAGGUGCUUUUCUGAUGCCGCGGCAUGCUUUCGCGCAAGUCUCUCUGUUCAUCUGAUGUUCUGUCACUGGUCGACAGAAGAUUGGCAAGGUUACAUAAGCUGGCUCGAAAACCACUUGGACUACCGGAGCGAUCUGGCAUACCACUAUAGCCAAGUGGAGUCAACUUACGAGCUAGGUGACAUUGCAGAUCUGCAAUAUUGGCGGGAUAACGCUAACCAAGCGGUCCUGUUACUUAAUGCCAACAUCGAGAUUCUCAACUCACUGCGCAAGUUCUACGUCAACCUCACAAAUCGAGCGGACUUUCCAACAUCACUGAAGGCUGACUGUGAGCAUGACCUGGAGGUGUUUCUGUCACAGCUCGACGAAAUCAUGAAAGAUCUCCAGAGGCAACUGGAAAGAGCGAGGCUGAUCAUCAACAUCGUCAACGACAGAAAGGAAUUGGUACUGCAACAUUUGCAGGCGCAGACCGAGCAGCUCAACAGAAAUAUGGGAAGAGAGGCCGCUGUAAUGCGCAUCAUUACCAUCGUGACCCUACUAUACCUCCCGUCAACGUUUGUUUCACAGUGA